CUGAACAGCGAGAUCACAGGGUUCAGGUCGGAGCGUUUCCCAAGCAAAGAGCAUGCCGGAGAGGAGGGGUGCAUUCCGAUAGCCAAGGUCUCUCACCGGCAAUCUCCAAGAGAUCCGAGUCGAAAGAGACGGCGUCAUGUGGAAGAGUGACGGCGAAUUGGUCCAGUUCACGCGUUGACUCUUUGCCGUUCAGUUUUUGACAUCCACAUCGGUAACGCAGAAAAACUGCGGUUAACGUUUUCAAAUACUUCCACUUACCAGUAAAAUUAACCACCUGUCCUGUGCCUGGCGAUUCGCGGCACAAUUUUCUACCGGUUCUCGCGACUAAUGUGCAGUUUGUGCGGUGCAUGUGUGUGCCCUCUGAUGGUUUCGAGACAUUGCAGUGUCUUGUAUGGCACGAUGUGCGGUUUCCUUGUGAUCGCGGCAUAAAGAAGUGUUUUGAUCGUGUGUCUUCAAUGAGUGAAGCAACAAUGUAGAACAAGUCAAAUCUCAUCAAGAUGUCAUCAUCACCAGAUCCGCAGAAGACUGAAAAUGCGUACCAGUCGAGCGAAGCCAGCGACCACGGCCUGUUGACGCACACGUGCACUUGUUCGGACAAGUCCAACUACGACCCAACCAAGACUGAAAACGUACACUGCCUCACCAAAACCAAUCAUCACCAUCAUCAUGCGAUCAGCCCGACAAUCAGUCACAUGCACCCAAACGUUCACGUACAUCCGUCACCAAAGACCAGCCACACGUCCAAAGUAGCAACGACGGCUUGUACGUGUCACGUGCAGGAUGAUGGUGAGACUGGAAACGAGAUUGAUGGUGGUGCAGCCAACAGGAAGACUGAGGCGGACGACAGGAUUGAAGUGUCUCCGCUACCGCCAGCUUUGCCUCCGAGGCCGCCUCCUCGGCCCAGAUACGACGGACACGGGAGCAUUAACUCCCGAUAUAGGCCCAUGAUCUCAAAUCCAAAUUCUGGAGGAAUCAGGAAGUAUGUAUUUUGGUGUUGCGCUUGUGGAGGUUUGGCGACAAUUUUGGGCGCUCUCUUCUUGGCUGUUUACUUCCUUCUUAGAUCGUACACAUCUACAUUAGGAUACUUCGAAACAAUACCUACUUUCGUGCCUGCUACUAUGUUGAUAUUAACUGGAUUGUGUGUUAUGAGCUUAGCAAGGAGAAAAAAUAGAUACAGUUAUUUGAUAAAGGUGUGUGGUUUGUGUUGUUUAGUAUGUGCCUUAACUUGUGUCCUGGUCACAAUUACCACAACAGUCAUACACAUGAACAGGUUACAAACUUUACGUGAAUGUGUCUACACCCAAAAAACAAGAACUUGUACCUGUUAUUCCGUUUUGUUGGAAGCUCAUGCUAAUGCAGAUGAUGGUAUGCGCUUCGUCUUCGAUUCCACACCAGACUGUGAGGUUAUUCAUGGAGCUUUAUAUUCUUGUCUAAGAGCGAUGUUCGGCCUCUCCGUUAGUGGAAUAUUAGUCUGCAUUUUUUCUUGUAUGCUGGUUUAUCAAUUGUUAAGUCACGAAAAAAAGAAAAUGUACUGGGAGCAACUGGAAUUGAGGUGUAGAUCAUUUUAUCAGCAACACUCGAGUGGUACAACAAGCAACCAUGGAUCAGUCAGAGGACCGCCAAUACCCUCAACUACAUACUGUAGCUGUUGCGAGGAAUGCCGGUAUCCUUCUAUACCUGCAGGGCCUCAAGUCUACCCAUGGGAUGCACAUCAUUCCACUGACAGGUUUUGGGCUCCAGGCAGAAUUGGUAAUUUUUAUUCACCAAACCCAGGUGAAGACGGUCCCGCAUUGCCAUCAGACAAUCACAACAGAGGUCGCCCAGCAAGUGGUUGGAGUUGGAGACGUCUACCAUGGUCUAGACAUUCAAAUGAACAGUCUGAAAUUCAAAGAGAUAAUUCUCUAACCUACCAAGGAGGUAUGAGUAGCGCAGACAGUCAAUAUGGUUUCAGCAAUAGAUCUGGAGGUGAAAACAAUCUUCCUGAUCCAAUAUCUGGGUCGACUGGAUCGUAUAGUAUUUUGGAUAACAGAGCACCUGUUGGUGGUGUAUAUGUGUGGGGUCCACCUCCCCCAUACUCCAAUCCUAACUCGCCAGCUAGAAGACCGCUGCACUCACCAGCCAGAUACCAUCACAUCCACCACCAUGUGCACAGUCAUGAGUCACAUUGCCAGUUAAACGAGAACAAUCAAUUCAGGGGUUCGAGACGAACCAGACCGCUGACCAACAACAAAGACAAUUACGAAAAUACAAUCGAAACAGAAGUUCAUCAGGCAAAUGACAACAGUGAAAGUACAGAUACCUCCAGUUGCGCAGAUCGAAUUUCGCAUACUUUACCUUCCAGGAAGAUGAAGAAACGUACUGAUAUAGCGUCUGUAAAAUCCACAAAUCAAACGAACAGUCGCACAAAUGUACAAACGGUAUUUAAUCAAACGAGUCAAGAGGACGAAAAGGAAGAUGCUGAAAAUGAUUAUCAUGAACCGAACGUUGUUGAAAAUGCGAAACCAAAUUUAGAAAACCAAUGUCGAUUUCUUCCACGACUGCAGGGUGUUGAAAAUGCUGCUUUCCAAAAACAAGAGAAUUCCCCUCAGAAACCAGAGACCACGGAAUCUGAAGUGUAUUUUGCAGAUGUAAGUAGCUGUUGCAACAUAUCAGUUAGAAAUGAUGGACAAGAUUCUUCUCUAUAUGAUGAAGCACUCGAAACACAAAAGCCAAGAUUAAUAUUGCACGGCAACGAUAAUACAGACUCGAAUACCAAUCAUCUUCUGCAGAACUUCCAAGAAAAUAUAUCUUCAGUAACAGUAACAGAAGAUGAAGACUACUUAGCACAUCGGAUGGGCAAUCGUCAAAUGUCAACUAGAAGUCGAAUGCCUUUCCCAUUGCCAAGUUCUGAUGACAUACAAGAAUUUGCAACGGACUCGUGUAUGCAACUUCUUCCGAAGGACAUCUCCCAAAAUAGUCUUUGUAGUAGCGUGCAAACUCCGCUAACAGAGACAACCGACGAUGCUAUUACACCGGACGACUGUUGCAGCUACAUGUCCGAGAAAACUUCGGAAGCUCCUUCGAAGCACAGGAACUUUGGAAACGCUAGUGUGGAUCACUUUCUCGCUCCAGAUGCUCAGUAUGAAGUUAUCCCGGAACAGUCUUCUAGUAAUUUGACCAAUACUAUUUCAGGCCUUAAUCAUUUUGAGCAAAAUUUUUACAAUCAAACGAAAAAUUUCAACUACAAUAAUACGAACAAUCCAAAAUUGGUACCACCAAAGACAUUAAAUUUUAAUCAGCCGUCGUCUCGUAGAAAUAUCGGAUCCAAUAUAUCUGCGCUUAUACAAAAUUUAGGUGGUAAUCCUGCAGGACUCCUUUAUGGAGAACCGAGCCAUGAAGAAGAUCUACAAAUUAGAGGAAAUCAUAGUGAUGGCACUAUUGACUCUGGCUGGCAAAGUGGGUCAGAGAAAUUGGACAAUAGAAAACAAGAUUCGGAAGGAAUUUCCAAUAAAUCAGUUAAUAUUUGAUUUUUCUCGAUAAGAGACCAUUGUAAUAAAUAGAUACAAUCUUGUGAACGUUUUUAGUUGUAAUGAAAUGUGAAUGUAUUUAAACUUAUUUAUAAAAAAGUCUCGUUAAUUGGAUUUUGUAUCAUUGUUAGAUUAUUUUAUAUUAAAAUAAAUAAAUAUUUAUCGUU